AUGAGCCGCCAAUCCGAUGGUGGUGCCAAAGUGCUUGUGAACGCGUACGCCGGCAGCAACAAUGCGGCCAUUUCGAAGUUGAAGAAGUCAUCGGUUCAGUCCAAAAAUGCUCCUGAUUCCCGCUGUUCAUCAGCGGCGGGAAGCAACGGACGUUCCCGUUCUGGCAUCAGCAGUUCUGCCUCGACAGCGUCGUCUUCGGGAGGAGGUGGCUUCCAGUCAUUUUUCCGCUGGUUCCGUCGUGAUGAGUCACGUGUUCUCACACGAAGCGCUAGCGGGUCGGCGGUUACACCGGAACUGGUUGAGAAAAGCGCUCGGUCGCGUCAACGACAACAACGUCCUCAGCAGCCAGUCUCGAAGCAACCGGACGUCAGUGCCGGUGUAGGACAGCGGAAACCCGCAAUCACACUGGCCGAGGAUUCACCACGUGGAAGUGGAACGAACGCUAGUCGUGGUACGAUAGACAGUGCGAGCAGUAAGAACUCCGGAACGAACGUUGAGAGUGUCAGUCAGACGGCGAGCAAUGGUACGAAUAGUUCUUCGCCAAGCCCUGGACCGGUGAUCGACUGCAACAACCUCUCCAAAAGCUCGAGCUGCGACAGCAUUCUCAGCACGGCGACUAACGGGUUUGCCUUUGUGCCGCCGAACUGCUACGAAGCGGUGCUGGGCAACGGAAACCCAGAAUCUCGAAGAACAAUCCAACCAGGCCCCUACACGGACAGCUACAAACGUCGGUGUUCGCAACGUGAUCGUGCCCGAGAGUUGGACCGCAAGUACGAGUUAACUCUGCGCAAGAAAUAUCGUCUGUUUGCGAGCCUCCGCGAUAGUCCUGCCAAGGACGAACAGCGGGACGCGACACUCACGAGGGAUAACCAAAGGAGUGUGUACGCGGAUUUCAGCCUGCCAGCCACGAGAGGAGUUAAAACCGCCCAAACGGCCAGCGAAGCAUUAAGUGAGGAUCGGGAGUCCGGCUUGGGUGAAGAAUUUUUCGGUGCCAGCGAUCCAGCUGGACGUAGGCACCGUCGAACGGUCAGUGAUAGCUCCAAAGACCGCCGAGCAGGGGCGUACGUCCACGUGAAGGGAAAACGAAGGGCACCUCCUCCUCCGGCCUUUUCGUUAGAUCGCACCGGUGCGGAAUCGACCGGAUCGUCGACAGGAACACUUACACGAUCGUGCACUCCUAACUACGGCACGUUGUCGCCUGCAUCGACGCUAUCACGAAAGAAGCGACCCGCACCGGCACCACCGAUAUCUUCAACGACUCCGGGUUUGCUGAACGAAUCCUCCUCGAGCACAAGCCUGCUGGAGGAUCGGGAAAUUCGAGCCAUCAUAGAAGGCCGCCCGCUUCCCGCAUUCGUAACGAAACAACCCGUUCCCGAGCCGGAAGCGACGAUCAUCAUGCCACUUCCGUUCAUACGACCUCAGUCACCUCUGCCGAACAUCGCCGAAGAACGGGCACCUCCCGGUGGUCUGACAGAGGAACAGAAACAGCAACUGAUCGACAAUAUCCGCAAAGUUCAGUCGCAGGCCGCACCCACCCAAAAAUCACCGGAAACACCUCCAACACCUACGAACUCAGAGGAUCCAUGUGAUGUGAUGAAAAUGGAGGAGCACUUUAACAGGGCAAACGGAACUCGUUCCCCAAUUCAUGAUUACUUGUACGCGGAAGCGAUCGCUAGUGCUAAAACGAGCACAGGUCAAACGACGCAACCCCUGCAAGCGCCCACAAGUCCGAUUUCCCCAAGACCAUGGUACAAGCGGCCGAUAUCUGGCAUACGGCAACAGGAAAGCUCGUUGCCGUUCAAGCGUGAUAUAAUUCUUAAAACGAUCGAUAAGCGGAAAACUGGCAGCGUUGGUAGCAAGCAUGCGAAAGAGAACGGAGACGAUCUGCCUGAAGUUGGAUACUGCCGGAACUCGAUGCUGCAACAGGACUCUGGCACCCACUCUCUUAACCCUGGUGGUAGCCCAUCGUCCUCGCUAGCCGGUGGUGUGGGAAAGUUUAAUCUUUUCACGAAAAUAACGGAAAAGUCGGACGACACGAAACGUCGCGAACGGGACGCGGAAAAGCGAAGAUCCGCUAUUGGCAUACCCAGCAUCAGCGAGUUGGAUCGAGAGGCGGCCGAAAUAGUGCACAGUGAGUACCGAAGCAACGGAACGGACAGAACGCAAUCAUUAGAUGGGCAGCAGCAGGGAGAUAAGCAAAAAACCACCAAAGAAUUGAUAUCCAAAUUUGAAGCUACGAGUGUGCCAGUGGUGGGAAAAGUAACCGUAAGCAAUUCGUUCGUUGCGAGAAGGGAUUUUUUCGGGGCUGAACCGUGCAAAACAUCGUCAGUUAGCCCUUCAAAUUCGUCUACGAUUCCACAAACAGUGCACCAACCGACACCACCGACCAGGAUUGAAAAAGCAACUUUAGAGCAACUUCCUACAGCGCAACUCACAACGAGCACGGCCGAGACACCAGUUUCAAGUGCAAACGGGUUAUCGAAAACGGGAAGCGAUAAGAAUCUUCUGGGAUUGUGGACCUGUCCCUACUGUACCUUAGAAAAUCCCAAUUGGCGAAUCAUUUGUGAAGCCUGCGAGCGAAUCAAGCCCUACGAUAGCAAACUAAGCAUCCUAGAGGAACCUCCACUUAGACCUAACCAUCCUUUAAAACGGCCGAUUCCUGAUGCCAAAAAACUGCCGUCUGGUAGUCAACCGGCGUCAACAUCGGCUCAAAACGGCGACGAGUGGGAUAAGAAAACGGAACGAGUGCUAAAGUAUUUCAUGCCCAAGCCUCUGUCGGCACCGGCCACGAACGGCACGCUGCUGGUGGGUGCAAACGGUGACGAUAGGGUUCCCAUGGUGCAGCGAAAAACUUCCUACGGACAAACGAAACCCCUCGCGUCUCCCAAGAUGGGGGUGAAAAGCCUGAUGAAUCGUAAUCCUCACCAAGUGGAUGCGCCAACGGUUAUAAGACAUCGGAAUUUCAAUGCCAUCCCCGAAAGUUUCCCAGGUGUUGGGGAUGGCAGCAGCAAUAAAUUUGACGAUCAAAAACUCAAAGAAAGUCACGCAAAGUGCGGCAAUAUGGUACCAGCAGCUCCUCUAGCUUCUCCCGAACCUACUAUGGACAGAGAGGAUGCUGUGUAUGGGAGACUGAACAAAUCGUUCGAGCGAUUUAACAUUGAAGAAAUACGAAACGCACGCAUUGCGCGCUUUGAAGCCAUCGUGGAAACGGAACAAACUCCAUCAGCACUGACAGAACAAGAUGCAAUUCCAGCGAAAACCAAGGAACAGCAGGAUCAUGAAGCGCUGGAAAGAGAGAAGGAACGGCUGCGUGAGAUGAUUAGAACGAUGAACGCGAAAGCGCUGGCAGAGAAAUAUCCUGUGGCACAGAAACCACCCAGCAACAAUAACAGCAGCAGUCUGAAGCGUGACUCUCCGCUGUUACAGAGGAAAAAUGGGCUUUCCUCGGGAAUUCCCAUUAGCACGAAAAGCCUGAGCCCGUUGCCCUUGAGAAAAAAGGGUAGCCCUUCGAUGGCGAGAAAGUCUCCAGCGUCUUUGGAGGAAGCGGAAAGCACUAAAAAAGAACCCGAGCCAAUGACAUCGGUAGCAACGGUGGAAUUAACACCCAUUUCAUCCCCCAACACGGGAGCCAUCAGGAAAACAUCCUUCCCGAGACGGACGUUCGAAGCAGACGAAAUGAAAGCGUCCUCCGGCGCUGAGCGUAAAAUCCUCAACCAGGAUGGACACCUGCGAGGAACGAUCCCCCAAACGGUCGCUGAAAUUAGCCAACAAUCUUUAGUGGAAAAUGGAGCAACACUGGUCCUGACGAAUGACGUUCAUGGCAUGCAGUACGAAGCAAUGGACGAGCAACAGUUCCUUCGCACAGUUGGAGGCCAUCAUCAAGGUACUGAGACCAGAUCUAUUCCUAAAGCCUCUAACGUGCCGCUUUCGCCCCGGCUGCAAGACCGCCAUCGAAAGUCGCUGAUGGAGAAACAACAGCAACACGACGAAAAGUUGAAGCACAUUAGCGAUCAACUACGAUCGCAACAGGGAGUCGAUCGGUUCCGAAACACACUCUUGUACUCGCCAACCAACAUCGGUAGAACGGGAACGUUGGCUCUCAACAAGUUGCUGCGAAAUCUUGAGCAAGCCAUCGGUGAAGGAGCACAUGAUCGAGCCGCAGAAUUGGCAAUGGAUUUGGCCAAGAUGAAGGUUUCGCUGUCAGUGACGAGGCAGAGUCCAGGACGUCUAAGUUCUAACGCUUCCGGCAGUUUGACGGAUAUAAGCCUUAACGUUUUUAUCGACGAUAGAGUGUCCCACAAAGGACCAAUUCGCGUGACAUUGGCUGCUUUUGCGACGCUCACUCAAUUGAAGGAAAAAAUUAGCAACGAGUAUCAAAUCCCAUUAUCAGUGCAACGUUGGCGCUGUGAGGGCCGUGAGCUGGACGAUGACGCUAAGACGCUAUACGACUACGGCAUCCAGACUAACGAUCGUACGCUGUUCGUUUACCUUGUACAACCUGCAGUUUCUGCACGUGAUCAGAAUACCCCAUUGACACAACGACAAAACUUCAGCAAGGCCGAAAUUAAGCUCUUAUCCGUAUCCUCCGAAUCGGAUGAUGAGCACUCGGACACACAGAACGAUGAAAUCGUCCACGGAGCUACUGCAUUGCCUACAGCUACUCCGAAAGGAAAUACAAAACCCAAAGCCGAGCCAAUUAUGGAAGAGAAUGCUACGAACAACGAGAAAGGAUGGACUUGUAGAUUGUGCACGUUAAUCAAUUCACCUGAGCGACCAGGCUGUGCCGCGUGUACUGGGGCACGUCCUGAUCAGUACAAACCAGUUGAAUCAACCGAAGUCAUCACGGUUACUCCGGAAGAUUUAACCCGCUUCCUAGACCAGCAGCCUCCACUGACACCUGGACGAAAGGCGAAGGAACCGACAGUGCACGUUCAGCUGAGGAAUCCGUCCUUGGAGACUCGAAACGAUCUGAACAGAAUCUCGUCCAAUCGAAAGUCAUCCGAGAUCUUCAACAUUCUGCAUGAUGAAAGCAAUUCCAUUACUGGUAGUGGUCUAAAUAGGAAUCACGUGCCGAUUACGCCACCUCCGAUUCCAAAGCCUCGUACCAGUGAUCUCGUACGUCCAGAACACAUGCAGAUCCCAGAACAAAGUCGAAUCGUAAUGACUGCCUUCGCAGCACAUCGAAGCCCUAAUAUUACUCGUAGUCAGUACCGCGGGGUUGACAAUUUUAAUCCCAACUCUAGUGGCAUGGUCAAACCAGAACGACCGAUCAUUACAACGGCAAGUCCCAUCGUGCGAGCGGUAUUAAUGAAAAAUACUUCCGUCGACAAGACCCCUGCAGUUCGCUUUGGCCGAAAUGGCCUUGCCCUUCCUGAGGACGGUACGGAAGUAGCCCCGAAUCACUACACGGAGCUAGUCAACCUCGACAACGCGGAUCUGAUCGCAAAUAUCGAACCAUUCGAAUGUCCAAUUUGCUUUGGAGCGUUCCAGCCGUACGAAGGCAUCGUACUGCGGGACUGUCUGCAUUCUUUCUGCAAGCAGUGCCUGAUCAGCACAAUUCAAUACAGCGAGGAUGCGGAGAUCCGCUGCCCGUAUAGCGACGCCGUAUACAGCUGUGAAAGCGUCAUACAGCAACGCGAAAUCAAAGCUCUUGUAAGCAAGGAGCUAUACGAGGCGCAUCUCGCUAAAUCGAUCCAGCAGGCAGAAAGUGCUAUUGAUAAUACGUUCCACUGCCGAACGCCAAACUGUCGAGGUUGGUGCAUCUACGAAGACAACGUGAACCAGUUCAAGUGCCCCGUAUGCAGGAUCGUCAACUGUUUAACUUGCCGGGUCAUUCAUGAUGGGCUCGACUGCAAACAGUACCAGGACCGCAUGAACAGUGACUGUGAUACUAACUUAGAAGCACGACGCACCAAAGCAAUGUUGCAGGAGAUGAUCGAGAAUGGUGAUGCGCUGAGCUGCCCUACGUGUCAGGUAAUAGUUAUGAAGAAAUGGGGCUGCGAUUGGCUCAAGUGUUCCAUGUGCAAGACCGAAAUCUGCUGGGUAACGCGAGGCCAUCGAUGGGGCCCUGCCGGAAAGGGCGACACAAGCGCAGGUUGUCGUUGUGGUGUAAAUGGAAUAAAGUGCCAUCCAAAAUGUAACUACUGCCAUUGACAAAAAUACAAUACAAGACUAUCGCAGCCACUCGAAUAUGGUGGCGUGCUUCAUUGCUCGUUUGUGCUAAAUUUUUCACAUUUCUCCUGGUUUCAAAAGAGCAUAAUAGGCAUUCAUAGCGAUAGCUGUAUCAUGAGAGAAAUAAUCAUUUAGAUUAUUUGCGUGCUGCUAGUGUUAGUCAUACUCUGCUAAUUACUUUUGAAAUAGUAUAGAACCAAAGGUCAAACCUACUACAAUCAGCAAUACAUAAGAUCCAAUAAAUUUGUUGUGUGUCAUUGUAAGUGGAUGAGAAAUGCAACGAUGAGUUUUAAUAACUUGA